AGUUAAACCAAACCUUUUACUUUAAUUAUAAGCGUUAUCUUAUCUUAUAUAUAUCCAUCCAAAAGUUGAACAAAUUCCUUCCAUCCAACACAAGAGCAUUACAUUAACUAGUUAACCAUGUAUAAAACAGUAGCAGGCUCUACCGACUGCCAACCAACACCUCCUCCGCCACCGCAACCUCCCGUCGAAUGGUCCACCGGGCUAUGUGAUUGCUUCUCUGACUACGACAAUUGUUGCCUAACGUACUGGUGUCCUUGUGUAACAUUUGGUCGAAUUGCAGAGAUUGUUGACAAGGGAUCCGCUUCUUGUGGUGCUAGUGGUUUCUACUUUGUUCAACUUGGGGGCUUAUACUCAGCCAACUACCGGACAAAGAUAAGAUCUCAGUACAAUUUGAAAGGAAAUAAUUGCUUGGAUUGCUUGACUCAUUGCUUCUGCAGUAGAUGCGCAUUGUGCCAAGAGUACCGUGAGCUUGAAAAACAAGGAUUUAACAUGAAGAUCAAUGUGUAUCUCAUAUUAAUAUCAUCUUUUUUCUUGAGGAUAAUUAACUAAUGUUUGGAAGAUAGAUAGAUACUAAUAAUUAAUAUCAUCUUUUUUUUGU